GGGGGAAUGGGAGUGGGAAACCCAAGAAGGGGGCAGGCGAUUGGUGCAAACACGGAGGUCUAAUGCUUUAACCCUCCGGGGCCAGGCGCGCAUGCGCGUUGUCACUCGCGCUUCGGGAGCCUGGCGCUCCUUCCAUAGCUGGUGUGGCUGCUCCUCUGUGGGCGCUUCCUUCUUAGAGCUGCUUCUGGCGCGUGAAGAGCGGGCCGGCCCCGGCACCCGGGGAGGAAGGCGCUCCCUUCCCAAGGCGGAUAUGGCUGAGAAUGGGGAGACAUGGGGAGCCAGUGAGGCUGAACUGGACCCAGUGGAGUACACUCUUCGAAAGCGGCUUCCCCACCGUCUUCCCCGAAGACCAAAUGACAUCUAUGUUAACAUGAAGACUGACUUCAAGGCCCAGCUGGCUCGAUGUCAAAAGCUUCUGGAGGGUGGGGGAGGGGGUCGGGGCCAGGGUGGCUGUCCUGAGAUUUACAUUCAUGGCCUGGGCCUGGCCAUUAAUCGAGCCAUCAACAUUGCCCUGCAGUUGCAAGCCAGCAGCUUUGGGGCCUUACAAGUGGCUGCCAACACCUCCACUGUGGAGCUGGUGGAUGAGCUGGAGCCUGAGACUAACACUAGGGAGCCACUGACCCGAACCCGAAAUAACUCAGCCAUCCAUAUUCGGGUCUUCCGUGUUACACCCAAGUAGCUGGAAUGGAGUUCUCCUGCUUUCUCAGAUGGAUAGCCAUAUUUUCCUCUCUACAUUUGAGCUGGGCCAUGGUUCUCCUUUUCAUUUUUCAUACUCUGGGCAUUCGGAGAUCUCGGUUCCCUCCCCACCUUUCAGGCUCUUAGAGAGAAGUACUGUUGUGGGUUUUCCUGCUUUCUGCCACCAACCCUUGAGAAAAGCCAUUGGUUCAGGCUCCUGAAAUAAAAAAGACUGUGUGAGGGAGAA